AUGGAGUUCGUGACGGGGUACCGAGCUGAGGUGCUGGACCUGGCCGAGCUGCUGCUGGCCUGGCACCGGUGCCAGGCCGGGGGGCCCCGGGACGGGCAGCGCCAGCGGCGCCAGGAGGGGCACGUCCGGCGCCUGCCCCCCGACCCCACCCUCUGGCUGCUGCACCUGCUGCCCAACCCCCGGCUGGGCCUGGGCCUGGCGCUGCCGGGGGGGGCCCGGGGGGAGCCCCGGGGGCGGCUCUGCGGGGAGGACGCCCUGCAACUGCGGGACCUGCAGCGGGCGGUGACCUUCCUGCCCCUGGACCAGGAGGACGAGGGGCCGGAGACAGGCCAGACCCUGGUGCACGUGGAGCGCCUCCUGCUGGUGACAGAUGAGCACGGCACGGUGAUGGGCCUGGAUUUCCAGCUGGGGGCCGGGGCCCCCCCCCAGCCGACCGCACCCCCCCCGCUGGAGCAGCUGGCCCUCGGCCUGCUGUGCCAGAGCAUGGCCUGCCCGCUGGGCGGGGGGGAGCCCCGCCGGCCCCGGCUGCUGGCCGUGGGGGACCCCGCCUUGCACAAGUCGCUGGAGCCCCUGCUGCCCCGGCUGGGGGUCAGGCUGAGCCCGGGCCCCAUGCGGGGCUGGGGGCCGAAACCCACCUUCACCUUCCCCUCCAUGCGCGUGCGAGCCUGUCACGUGUGCAAGAGACACGCGUUCCAGAGGCGGCUGGCGCCGUGCCAGCAGUGCCGGGCCGUGCUGUACUGCUCCGAGCGGUGCCGGGCGGCCGACUGGGCCCGCAGCCCCGAGGACGUGGCCCACCGGGCCUGGUGCCCCCGCAUGGCCAGGUACAUGGCCCGCGCCCGCCAGCUGGCCGACCUGCCCUUCACCUUCACCGCCGAGGUGACCAGCGACGGGUUCAACAGGGAGGGGUUCCUGGCAGCCCGGGGGCUGACCGGGGGGUACUGGGCCCAUGAGAGCAUGCUGGUCCGCGCCCCCGACUAUGGCGUGGGGCUGGGGGGCCGGACCGACUGGCGACCCGGCCUCCUGCAGAGCGGUAAUCCCUUCGAAGCGCUGAGGCCGGAGGGGGGCACAGCUCUGCCCCCCACCUCCCCGGAGCCCCCUGCACCCAGGACCUAUUUCAUCCCGGAGCUGAACAUCCUGAACAAACAGUCGCUGCGGAUUCACAUCGUGGAGACGGGGAAGGAGUCGGACAUGGCCCCCCUCUUCUGGAUGGAGUUUGUGAUGGGGAUGGAGUUCGUGACGGGGUACCUGGGGCGGUUUGGGGGGUCCCUUCUCUAA